UGUUUUUCCAUCAUUUUUCUUUUAAAUUUUAGGAUCUGUUUGGUUCCACGUUUUUACAUCACUUGAUUAUUGUUUUUUAUCGUUUCUAAUUUCUUAUAUCUUUGAAGUAACAAAAACAAUACUAUUUUUUGGUUUUGAAAAAGAUUUUUUUUUGGUUCAAUUAAUUUUUUUUAAAAGAUUUGAAUCAUUAAACCUAGUGGCUACUGAUAUGCCAAUUGAGUUAGACUUGAUUUUGGUCUAAGAGUCCCGAAAUAGUAGUAAUUUCAUGUCUAAAAGUAUGUUUUGAGCUUUAAAUAAUGUCUCAUAUUUAUUAGACAUAAAAUUGAAAGCUCAAAAACUUACUAAAGACCGACCACUUUUAAACUAACUUACAUUUCAAACUUUUUUUUCUUUUCUAUAUAGAAAUGUGCUUUGUAAUUAAAAAAAUUUAAGUUCUUUUGAAAAAUAUAUUUUUACGUUGUUUACGUGUUAAUACAAUUUGUAGAGGGAAAGAGAAGAUGAGUAGACCGGGAGAUUGGAACUGUAGGUCGUGCCAGCACUUGAACUUCCAAAGGAGGGACAUGUGCCAGCGAUGCGGCGACCCGAAGAGCGGCGGCGGUGUCGGAAGAGGUGGGUCUGGUUUUGGGUAUGGAGGGUCGGAUGUGAGGCCCGGGGACUGGUACUGUAGCGUGGGAAAUUGUGGAGCUCACAAUUUUGCAAGUCGAUCAAGCUGCUUCAAAUGUGGGGCUUUUAAAGACGACAUGUCGGCUUUCGACUUUGAUAUUCCUCGUCCUAGUCCUAGAGGGAUUUCCCCAUAUGCUUUCGCUAGUCCCGCCCGUACUGCUGCCUCCGCUUGGAAGUCUGGUGACUGGAUUUGUGCCAGGUCGGGAUGCAAUGAACAUAACUUUGCAAGCAGGAUGGAGUGCUUUAGAUGCAGUGCUCCAAGAGACUCCUACUAACAAAACUAGCCAAGCCAAAAUCCUCCUUCAUCAUCAAGUUUUGGGUAUGCUUCCAACUGAGAAAAUUUCAAAGAGACUUCAUAACCUGCACUAGCUUUUCUUCUCUCUCUCUCUCUUUUUGUUUUUGGUUUUGUAACCUUUUCUUUUAUGAGUGAUGUUAAUUUCUGUGAUGAUAAAAAAUUGAGAUAUUGUCCAAAAAUCGAUCUUGGUUCUCUGUUUCCUUUAACAAAUUACUAGAAGUCGAGAGAUCAAUAGUUACUCAGAUAUCUCAAUUAGGU